AUGAAGUGGCAGUCCUGGCUCUUGAUUCCAAUACUUGGACUGAUCGGAGGAUUGGGAAAAGCAGACACGUACGCUGUUACAGCUCAAAAUCAACGAUGCUUUACGUUAUCCUCUCCACCUACAACAAGACCAACAGCAGCUAUAUCUUGUCAGCACAUUUCAUUUCAUAGACUUUUGCAAUCUCCAAAUAUACAGAGACACUCUUUGCUGCUCGCUUCCGUGCAAUCGAUUGUGGAUCGGCUUUGCAUACCAAAUUCGCCCGCUACUCUUAAAAAUUGUAAAUACGUGGAACACAGUCAUAUAAAAAUAGAAAAUACAUUGGCAUAUUAUGUAAAUAAAAGGCAACGGUCGUCUGGUUAUAAAGUAAUAUUGAGUAAGCGUAGCAGCGAAAGACAAUUAUACACUAGAUCAAAUUUAAAAUAUCACAUGAGUGGACGCAAGGAUAGGCGAAAGAGGAGAGAAAAAAGACUUUUGACAGACCGUUCGAUUAAUGAAGAUAAUACAUUCCAACACCGUACAUUGUCAUUUCGCGCGCGAGCAUUUGAUUCCACCGAACGCGAUGCCAUACCAGGCAGUUCACACUUAUCAUCAGCAUCACCAAAAAUGCGAUUCCUAUUCACAAAAAACCCGUCAUCAUCCUUGGCCGAUCUAAUUAACAUGUGGGCAUCGGUAAUAAUACCAAUAGCCGGGAUAAUUCUCAUAAUUAUAAUAUGCAUAACGGUUAGGUUGUGUUCCGGCGAAAGAAAACACGCUACUCGUACCACGACUUUGAAUCCAACAGUUUCUGGUCCGCUGGCGGAUAAUGUUGGUGUUACAAGUGUACCGGAUACAAGGACUGUGGAAACCUUUGCGAGUUCGGAAAGACUCGCCCCACCUGUGCCCCAGUACGUCUAUGAUAAAUAUGCGGAUUUGCUACCAUCUCGACCAGAGUCUAUAUACUCUGCAGAAACUGUUUCUACGGGACGGCCUAGGAAAACAAGAGGUAACAGGGUAGAUGCAGUGGAUAGGAGAAUGAUUGAUAAUUAUUCGGCUAGUCCAAAUAAUUAUCAAAAAAAU